AUACACAAAAAACAGCCGUUGAACAUACUGCAGAUGCAAAGUCUACAUUGUAAGAGAGCCAACUGAAGCUGCUUACAUUACAAUGGAAUUUCUGAAAACUCUGAUGCUGAUAAUUCUCAUCAGUGUCACAAGAAAAACUAUAAAAGCCCAGCGCUGUGGGAUUUCCUCACUUAGCAUUCCUGCUGUAGAGGGAGAGGAUGCAGCUGUGGGGAACUGGCCUUGGCAGGUCAAUCUACAAUAUUUUGGCUAUCACAUCUGUGGAGGGUCCCUAAUCAGCCAGGAAUGGGUGCUCACUGCAGCUCACUGCUUUUACUACAUAUCCUCAGCCAGUUACUGGACUGUUUAUCUGGGUAGACAGAGCCAAAAUAUGUCAGUCUCUAACCCACAAAAGGUGAUUCGAGGAAUCCGAUCCAUCAUUAUACAUCCAGACUAUAACCACUCACAGCUUAUUAAUGACAUCGCCUUGCUGAGACUGAGCAAGCCAGUCAACUUCACCAACUACAUCAGCCCGAUCUGUCUGGCUGGUAAUGACAGUGCCUUUCACAAUGGCACCACCUGCUGGUCCACUGGAUGGGGAGAACCUGGCUUUUUAGGUGCUUCUGGAACUCUGCAGGAAGUAAAGAUGAAGGUAGUGGGGAAUAAGGAGUGUAACUGCAGGUUACAAGACUCCCCACUUUGGGACAAAACAAUCACUCCAAAUCUGAUUUGUGCUGGAAGAGAGACUGGCGAAGGAACAUGUUUUGGAGAUUCUGGUGGUCCAUUACAGUGUAAGCAGGGUUCUGUAUGGAUCUUAGCUGGUGUCACUACUUUUGGGUCAUUUUGUGGCACUGGAAUUGCACCUGACAGCUAUGCUAGAGUCUCCAAAUUGCAAAACUGGAUCUUGCAGAACAUUAAUGGAUCAGAAAUUGGAUUUGUGAAUUUUACAUCUGAUGGUGAAGAUAAGGACAGCAGCUUCCUGUGCAAUGAAGAUAUAGAGCUUUUCUACCCAUUUGGAAAUACAGACAUAAAGAAUCCCGUUCAAGAUGAUGGAAGCUCUCCAGUAAUAUUACUGAAAAAGCCCUACGUAUAUUUUGGACAUAUUUAUCAACAGAUUUAUGUUAAUAACAACGGCCAUUUGACGUUUGAUGGGCCUCUUUCACAGCCAACACCCAGCUAUUUACAUUCACAACUCAACAGGGACAUCAUUGCUCCCCUUUGGACAAACAUGGACAAUACUGUCAAUGGAACAAUCUUCUAUCGUCAGGUCACCAGUGGUAGACUCUUAAUAGCAGCCUCAAACAACAUAACAAAAUACUUUCCAAAUCUGAACUUCACUGCCUCAUGGCUGUUUAUUGCCACUUGGGAUAGAGUGCCAUACUACAACAACUCACAGUCGAGUUCAUCUUUUCAAGUUGUUCUGGCCUCUGGUGGUUCUCUGUCUUUUGUCAUGAUGAACUACGGAAAUAUCUCCUCUGCAAAUCAACAGUUACAGGCUGGCUAUGGCACAGUAAACUCCACAAAUUAUUUUUCAAUUCCUGUGCUUGAUGAAAAUAAGCUCUUCAACUCCAGCAAUGUCAAUAUGCCGGGUCACUGGAUAUUCCGUGUUGAUGGUGGACCUGAGGACGGAAUUUUCUACCCAUAUGGUGAUGAGGAUACAAAGAACCCUGCAGAGGAUUUGGGAAGUUCUCCUCUGAUCCCCCUGGCGCAGCCGUUUGUCUACUUUGGGAUUAUUUAUGAUCAACUACACGUGAAUAACAAGGGGCAUUUGACUUUUAAUGAGGCAUUUUACCAGUGGUAUCCCUAUAAUUUUCCUGCAUACUCGACUAGAGACAUCAUCGCUCCACUAUGGACAGACCUUGACAUUAGUCUUAAAGGAACCAUCUCUUACCGACAAGUAACAGAUUCUCAUCUCCUGAAUCGUGCCACUAGAGACAUAAACCAAUAUUACCCCAACCUGAACUUCUCUGCUUCAUGGGUUUUCAUUGCAACGUGGGAUAAAGUACCGUACUAUCUAGACACACACACAAUGUCAACUUUUCAAGUGGUUUUGGUGUCUGGCAAAAACAUGUCAUUUAUACUCAUGCAUUAUGAUCAUAUUGCCCCACCUCCAUAUGAUGUAGAGUCCGGCUAUGACACAAGUGAUUCAAUUGAUUUCUUUUCAAUUCCUGUCUCUGACACUACAUAUCUGCCAUACACAAGCAAUGUCAACGUCAUGGGUCGAUGGGCAUUUCGAGUUGACCUUGAAUUAGAAAACAAUGGUCUGUUUUAUCCAGCUGGCUAUCAGGACUCUCAGGAUCUCUGUCAAAGUGAUGCAAGCUCACCAGCUCUGCACUUGCAGUAUCCUUUUUUGUACUUUGGACGCAAAUACCACAACAUAUAUGUCAACAAUAAUGGAUAUCUGACAUUUGAACCGUUUUAUGAAGGACUCCCCAAGGCUUUCCCUGCCAACUCUACUAGAGACAUUAUAGCUCCACUCUGGGCAAAGUUUGACUGUAGCGUCAAUGCAAGCAUCUCCUAUCGCAUUGCAACUCAAGGCCGUAUUCUGGACCGGGCAAAAAAUGAUGUCAAACAAUAUUUCCCACAGUUUGGGUUCCCAAUACAUACAGUCUUCAUCGCUACUUGGAAUAGGGUGCCCUAUGUAAACAGCACCACGAUGGAAUCCUCCUUCCAAGUUGUUCUAGUCAUUUUCAGGACUCUUUCCUUUGUCAUAAUGAACUAUGGAAAUAUCUCCUCAACUGAUCAAAGCUUUCAGGCUGGCUAUGACACAUUAAACUCAACAAAUUAUUUUUCAAUCCCUGUGCCUGAUGAAAAUAAGCUCUUCAACUCCAGCAAUGUCAAUGUGUCAGGACGCUGGGUAUUUCGUGUUGAUGGUGGGCCUGAAGAGGGAAUUUUCUACCCAUAUGAUGACGAGGAUACAAAAAACCCUGCAGAGGAUUUGGGAAGUUCUCCUCUGAUCCCCCUGGCACAGCCGUUUACCUACUUUGGGAUUAUUUAUAAUCAACUGCAUGUGAAUAACAAGGGACAUCUGACAUUCAAUAACCCAUUUUACCGGUGGUAUCCCUAUUAUUUUCCUGCACGCAUGUCUAGAGACAUCAUUGCUCCACUAUGGACAGACAUUGACAUUACACAUAGAGGAACCAUCUCUUACAGACAAGUAACAGAUUCUCGUCUCUUGAAUCGGGCAUCCAAAGACAUAAACCAAUAUUACCCUAACUUGAACUUCUCUGCCUCAUGGGUUUUCAUUGCAACGUGGGAUAAAGUACCGUACUAUGAACACAAAGGGACAGAGUCAACUUUUCAAGUGGUUUUGGUGUCUGGCAAAAAUAUGUCAUUUAUACUCAUGCAUUAUGAUCAUAUUGCCCCACCUCCAUAUGAUGUAGAGUCCGGCUAUGACACAAGUGAUUCAACUGAUUUCUUUUCAAUUCCUGUCUCUGAUGUUACAUACCUUUCAUACACAAGCAAUGUCAACGUGAUGGGUCGAUGGGUAUUUCGAGUUGACAAAGCAUCAGAAAACAAUGGACUGUUCUAUCCAUUUAGGAAUGGGCAAAAACAAAACCUUCAGGAGUAUUAUGGAUUUUCAGAGCACUAUUUGGAGACACCAUUUUCUUAUUUCGGGUUCAGAUGCAGCUCUGUUUAUGUUCACAAAAAUGGAUUUCUUUUUUUCAACUGGCUAUCAUUUCCAUUAAGUCCCCCAACUCUUCCUGCAAAAGAAGACAUUGUUGCUCCACUAUGGACAGAUAUUGACAACAGUGAUUUAUACUUUCAAGAAUUCAAGGGUGUUCGAGUACUACAACGAGUUACAAAUGAUAUACGUCAAUAUUUUCCUCAUACAAAUUUCACUGCUGACUCAGUUUUUAUUUGUACUUGGGAUAAUGUGACAUAUUCCAACACUUCAGCUCAGAAUUCCUCUUUUCAAGUACUGCUGAUCUCCGGUUCUGGUUUGUCAUUUAUUGUAUUUAAUUACGGCGGCAUUCCCCAAACUAAAGAGAUUGCACUGGCAGGAUAUGACACUGAUGAUUCAACUAGUUAUUAUACAAUUCCUGUGUCUAACGUCGCUAGCCUGACCCAGUCCACAAAUGUCAAUGUUACGGGCCGUUGGGCUUUUCAUAUUUUGCCAAUCAAACGUGGUCUGUUUUAUCCAACUGGCUAUCAGGACUCUCAGCAUCCCUGUCAAAGUAAUGCAAGCUCGCCAGCUCUGCACUUGGAAUAUCCUUUCUUGUACUUUGGACGUAAAUAUCACAACAUAUAUGUCAACAAUAAUGGACUUUUGACGUUUGAACCGUUUUAUGAAGGACUCCCCAAGGCUUUCCCUGCCAACUCUGCUAGAGACAUUAUAGCUCCACUCUGGGCAAAGUUUGACUGUGGUGUCAGAGGAAGCAUCUCCUAUCGCGUUGUAACUCGUGGCCGUAUUUUGGACCAGGCGACAAAUGAUGUCAAUCAGUAUUUUCCUCUUUAUGGGUUUUCAGUACACACAGUCUUCAUCGCUACUUGGAAUAGAGUUCCCUACUUGAACAGCCCCACAACGGAAUCCUCCUUCCAAGUCGUUCUAAUCAUUUGCAGAACUCUUUCCUUUAUCAUAAUGAACUAUGGAAAUAUCUCCUCAACGGAUCAAAGUUUUCAGGCUGGCUAUGAUACAAUAAACUCAGCAAAUUACUUUUCAGUCCCUGUGCCUGAUGAAAAUAAACUGUUCAACUCCAGCAAUGUCAAUGUACCGGGACGCUGGGUAUUUCGGGUUGAUGGUGGACCCGAGGAGGGAAUAUUCUACCCAUAUGGAGAUGUUGAGGAUGAGAUGAGCCCGCAGUUGGAUGAUGGAAGUUCUCCACUGAUUCCUCUGCUGCAGCCAUUUGUGUACUUUGGCCAUGUAUAUGACAAAAUAUUUGUGAAUAAUAAUGGAGACCUGACCUUUGAUGGACCAUUUUACCAGUGGUAUCCCCAUUAUUUUCCUGCAUACUCAUCCAUAGACAUCAUUGCUCCACUGUGGACAGACAUUGAUAAUACUGAGAAAGGAACCAUCUCCUACCGACAAGUAACAGAUGCUCAUCUCUUGAAUCGGGCUUCAAGAGAGAUAAAUAAGUAUUUUCCCAACUCAAACUUCUCCGCCUCUUGGGUUUUUGUUGUUACAUGGGAUAAAGUACCGUACUUUGGAAACAAAAAGUCAGAAUUGACCUUUCAAGUGGUUUUGGUGUCUGGCAAAAACUUAUCAUUUACACUCAUACAUUAUGAUCAUAUUGUCCAGCCUCCAUAUGCUGUAGAGUCUGGCUUUGACGCGAUUAACUCUACUAAUUCCUUUUCAAUUCCUGUUUCUGACAUCGCACAUCUGUCAUACACAAGCAACGUCAAUGUCAUGGGUAGAUGGGUAUUUCGCGUUGACAAUUCAUCAGAAAGCCAUGGAUUCUGUACCAAAACCAAUCCCCAAGCUUCCUCAGAUGAUGUUUCUAGUGCUCUGAUGUGUGGAAUAACCCAAGUUACCACCAGCAGCGGGAUAGUAGGAGGUCAGAAUGGUUCAGCUGGACGCUGGCCCUGGCAGGCUAGUGUUCUUCGGUUAAGCAGACACAUCUGUGGAGGUUCUCUCAUCAACAAAGAGUGGGUGCUGUCUGCUGCCCACUGCUUUAAUGGCAAAGGGCAGUCGUGCUAUUUCCGAAGGAUCCCCCCCUCUUUUUACACCGUGGUUUUGGGGCAACAGACCCAGGAAGGCUUCAACCCCAAUGAAGUAUUCAGAUAUGUGAGGUUAAUCAUCAAACAUCCCAGUUACAACCAUUUAACAAAUGACAACAAUAUCGCCCUUCUCAGCUUGAGAUCACCCGUCACCUUCAAUGACUACAUCAGACCUGUGUGUCUAGCAGCUCAUAACAGUGUGUUCAACAGAGGCACAGACAGCUGGAUCACUGGGUGGGGUGACAAUGGUGAAGGAGUGGCUCUUCCAUCCCCUAAUGUUCUACAGGAAGUUUAUGUUCCUAUUAUUGGUAACAGACAGUGCAACUGUCUCUAUGGAGUUGGAAAUAUAACAGACAACAUGAUCUGUGCUGGUCUACUGGAAGGAGGCAAGGACUCAUGUCAGGGGGAUUCAGGAAGACCGAUGGUGAGCAGACAGAGCUCUGUAUGGGUUCAAUCUGGUAUUGUUAGCUUUGGGACUGACUGUGCCCGACCUGAACUUCCUGGUGUGUACACCAGAGUAUCACGCUAUCAGGAAUGGAUCAGCUCCUUUGUGUGCAGCGAUCCUCCAGGUUUUGUGCAGUUUACCCCUGCUGGAGCCGAUCCUGACUACAGUUAUAGCUGUCCAGGACUUCCUCUUGUAUCAUUCUCAUCCAUAGAUACAGAAUCAAAAAUUUCGUCUUUUGCAACAUCUCCUCCACAAUAUUCUUUGCCAUCUUAUCUUCUGUUGCUUCUUCCAAUACUUUCUUUAUUUUAUAUGUAAAGAUACACAUUCAGUAAGAAUUUUUAAAUGCAGAUAAAGGCAUCCUUAUUUCAAAAACAUUUACAUUUUAUUGAUUCCAAACUUUUAAAUGAUAGUGCAUGUGCACUACCAAUUGAUUAGCAAUUUUAUUUUUUCACCUAUGUUUAAAUAGCUCUAAAUAAUAAUUCAUUUCAUACUCUGCAUCACAUCAAUUUUUAUAUACUGGAGAAUGAUAAUUUAUUAUUUAUCUUUUAUUUCUAAUGACUUUGUCAGCAGAUAUAUAGUUUGUCAAAUCAUUUGUGAAGAAAUGGAUGC